AUGAGUUCGGUACUCACGGAUUUAAACACAUACGUGUUUACGGCGGUCACAAUUAGUUCUUUGACUGUGAUUGCGGUCGCGUGUCUGCUGAUGUCCACAUUCUGGCGUACCGACCACCAUUUCCACGGUGGCAGACAUAAGACAUCGUCAUCUCCGGUGAACGACUGGUUGCUAGUCACGGUGGUGAUGGUCUUGGCAACGGCCAUUCGCUGGCGGCUGGCCGCUAUGGAACGGGCAACGGAGCAGAUAGCCACUGCGACAGGAUAUGUUAGCCUGGCGUCGACAUACCGCAUGCACGCGACGAGCGUAUCGUGCGCAACUGUUCUGGCGGUCGUGGCACUGCUGAAGUUGACGAAACCCUGGUUGCCGUCGCCCAGCUGUCUCUCGCUGGUUACCGCCACUGUCGUCGUUUCUAUUUCUAUUUUUGUUUUUUCGGCGAACCAUCACUACGAGGACAAUUCAUCUGUAUUGACGUGA